AUGCGCGUCUUACUCUUCUUCCUUUCUCGGGGAAGUUUUCUUUGUUGCGCGUUCGUGCUUUUCCUCCUCCUGCUCGAUGUCGAAAUCCCGGUCGUUCUCGCGGAGAAGAAACCGGUCGUCCCGGCGGAAACCAUCGCGAAGUGGCACCGACACCACAAGCUGUUCAAAGAGAAGCGAUUAUUGGUUCGACGAGAAGGAGAAGCGCAGAGCGUGAGCGCGGAGGAAAAGGAGGAGAAGUCUGGGUGGGAAGAUCGAUGGGAACAUCGAGCAAAAGUCGUCGAGAAGAACAACAACGACGACAAAAACAACGACGCGAUUGCUGGAAAAGCAACAUCACCAAACGUGGCAGCAGGGAAAGAAGAAGAGUCCGAUUUGGCGUUGAAACUGUUCCGAAAGAUUCCGCGGAAGAAGAGAGAGGAGAUUUUGAGGGCGUUGGAGAAUUUCAAGAAGGAGCAGGAGGCCGAGGAAAAGGAAGAGGGAGCCGGAAACCGGAAAGAAGAAAGGAACGAGGAAGAGACGAGGAGAAAGUUAGAGCUGUUAGAGAAGGAGAGGAAAGAGAAGGAGAGGAAGUUAGCGGUGGUGGUCGCGCGGGAAGCGUCGGUGGCUGAGGCGGCCCCGUCGACGGGGGAAAAGGGCGACGACGAUGGUUUCGUCCCGGUGGACGAAAGCGCGUUAGCGGCAGGGACGGUGGCGUACGGGACGUACGACACGUGCGACACGUGCGAGAUGUGCUCGGUGGAGGAGCCGCCAAAAGGCGUGGAUACGGGGAAAGCGGCGAAAGCGAAGGAAACUGCGUCGGGGACGACGCGCGAUGGAAAAAUCCACUGCAAAAAGUGCUUCGGGUGUAACGUCGUCUUGUCGCGGUUGGAAUCGAAUCAAAAUUUGCACGGUAAGAAAGUGAAGAUGUUUGCCGGCGCUUCCGGAGCAGCCGUCGUGAGAGGGUACACGAAAGAACACGGCAACGUGAUCAUAAAGUCCUGGUGCGAUUUCGGUGGGUACAAGCAGCACCCGGAAACCGCCGCGAAGCAUCCGUUGACGUGCAACGAAGAGACGCAAUCGAAAAACACCCAGUGUCCGAUUAAAGGCGGCAUUCACGCGUACGGCGAGUGCAACUACAAAUUUCUCAACGCGCUCGACAAACUGACUGUAGAUUCAAAUUUAACCGGCGUCGUCCCUCGAACGUGGACUGGUUCCGUGAAAACCUUUUUACCGUGGGACGGACACGCGGUCCAAGGCCACAAAAUUGACGUGCGCUCGCAAUUUUACGAGGUCGCCAAAGGCUACUCAAUCGAAGCCGUUUACGGAAGCUCGGUCGCGCAAGACACAGUGGAGAUGUUCAAAAACAUCAAACACGAAGAAGUCAUCAAAGCUGCCACGUUUGAUUUGCUCUUUUCCGAGCAAGACAGACACGGUCAAAACGUAUUUGUCACCGAAGAAGGCGACGUCACGCUCAUCGACUCCGAAGGCUGUUUCGGCCCGACGAAUUCUUUGUUACUUCCAGGCGGACAGAAAUUCGAAGUCUACCGCAUAGGGUACAACGCGGUGUGUUGCGGUAAUACCCCGUUAUCGUGUCCACAACCUGCCGGCGAGAGGACGGCGCCGAUCGUCGCCAUGGACUACCGAUGCCACGCCAAAGACCAUUUCGUCGGUUUCGAUUGGCCGAAAGGCGUGGAACCCUUUUUACGCAAAAUCCAAAAGAUGACCGAAGACGACGUCCACGAAGUCUACGAAAUGACGCGAAAAGAACACGCCACGCACUUGAAACGAACCGUCGACGAAUUACUCGAACUUGGUUUCGAAGGCGCUCUGUUAAAAGCUUACCAAAGGCAAAAUCGAGGCGACGGUCUUACCUACGGAAACAACUACUGGUACCCGAUCACGCGAGCCUGUUGCGGGAACGAUAUCUGCCCAAUGCGAGUCGACGACGCCGUCGGUCGAGUAAACAUCGAAAAAAGCACGCAAGGCGAACUCGCGGAAAAAUUAUGGGGUGAUAAAUACGUCCACGGAUUGGACGUGAAGAACUCUCCCUCGGCGACUUUACUCGCGCUUUCUUCCUUGAACGUUCCGAAACCGGAAACGAGCGCGGACGCGUUGGUCGAUCGAUUGAAACAACAAGAACAACAACAACAAACAACACGUAAAACUCAUUAG